AUGCCCAAACGAGGGUACAUCCAGAUGAUUUCGGGGGGACCUACGGGGGGAGACACUCACCGAGCUAGGCGGCGUCAUCUUGGUAACCUCAAGAAUAACCAUGAAAUCUGCCAAAUCUCUGCGCCGAAGCGCCGUCAAUAUCCCACCAUCUCGUUCGGACCCGAGGAUGAAGCAGAUCUCGAUGAUUUUCAUUGCGAUCCCCUCCUUAUCACAAUCAACGUCGGAGGAUACGAUGUAGCCCGUGCCUUCGUUGACUCGGGGAGUUCGGUUGAUGUCAUAUCUUACGAAUGUUUUCUACAGAUGGAACUAGAUCUCCCAAUCUUCCCUGUCACCACCCCGAUAUUUGGGUUCACGGGAGGAUCCUUGACUCCGAUCGGACAGGUCAAGAUCCCCGUCACCAUGGGAACACCACCUCGGGCACGUACACAAACUGUCAAUUUUGUCAUUGUCGAGGGGUCUACCACCUCGUACAACAUCGUGAUAGGCCGACCAAUGAUGCACAUCUUCCGGGCGAUCCCCUCGACUAUUCACCAAAAGCUCAAAUUUCCAGUUGAUGGAGUAAUAGGGGAAGUCCGUGGUGACCAAGCCCAGUCGCGAUCAUGUUACGUAGAGAUGGUCAAAGUGGCGGAGAAAGGACGACGUGAUACCCUCACUAAAGAAGAUCUGGGAGACGAGAAACGCCCUCGAAUUGAUCCGGAAGAGAAAAUCGCUCAUGUACAGCCCAUGGACGAAUUGAUGACAAUCGACCUCGACCCCGGCACGUCGAAGCAAACCCAGAUAAGCAAAGACCUAGAACCACCCUUUCGAGAUGAGCUGAUAGCAUUAUUGCGAUCUAAUGUAGACGUCUUUGCAUGGCAACCCAGCGAUUUGACUGGCAUCGCACCUCGUACCGCUGUACACAGGCUCAAUCUGCGACCCGAGUGCAAACCUAUCAAACAAAAGCGACGACACUUCGGCAUCGAAAAGGACGAAAUUAUCAAGCGAGAAGUCCAACGACUCCUCGAUAUUGGGCAUAUUAGGGAAAUCCAAUUCCCCACAUGGUUGUCCAAUGCGGUGUUGGUGCAAAAGAGUAAUGGACAGUGGCGGAUGUGCAUCGAUUUUCGGGACUUAAACAAGGCCUGCCCGAAAGAUGACUAUCCCUUACCUCGCAUAGACCAGCUCGUAGACGCUACCGCCGGAUGUGAGCUACUCAGCAUGAUGGACGCUUCGCAAGGAUACCACCAGAUCCCGUUGGAGGAAAGGGACCAACCUGCAGUGAGCUUUAUCACAGCCACGGGCACUUAUUGUUAUGUGGUGAUGCCUUUUGGCUUGAAAAAUGCGGGAGCUACGUAUCAGAGACUAAUGGAUAGGAUGUUUCGGGCUCAGCUCGGGCGCAAUAUCGAAGUUUACGUCGAUGACAUGCUGGUCAAAAGCAAAAAAUGCUCCACGCACCUUGCUGAUUUGGCUGAGACAUUUGCCACCCUUCGCCUUUAUGGGAUGAAGUUGAACCCAGCAAAGUGUGCAUUCGCAGUAAAGGCUGGAAAAUUUCUCGGGUAUGUAGUUAAUCGAGAAGGUAUCAAGGUGAACCAAGAUAAAGUCGAGGCGAUACUCCGAAUGACCCCUCCUCGGUCUAUAAAAGAAGUUCAGUCCUUAGCCGGUAAAGUGGUGGCUUUGGCUCGAUUCAUAUCGCGAAUGGCUGAUAAAAGUCUGCCUUUCUUCAAAGUCUUGAGAAAAGCGGCACAGUUCGAAUGGACCGAAGAAUGCCAACUCGCGUUCGAGGCACUAAAAGUUUCGUUAACUCGCCUGCCCAUCCUUAGCACCCCCGAGAAAGGCGAAACCUUAUUCGUAUAUCUAUCGGUGGGAGACGAAUCGAUUAGUUCAGUCUUGUUCAAAGAGGUAAGUGGUCAACAACGACCGAUCUAUUACAUCAGCAAGAUCCUCACUAACUCGGAGAUUAAGUACUCAGAAGUUGAGAAAAUAGCAUACGCGCUGGUCCUCACUACGCGGCGAAUCCGGCCUUACUUCUUAUCUCACACAAUGGUAAUCCGUACGAGCUUACCACUCCGACAAACCCUAGGCCAACCUACGGCAUCGGGACGAAUUGUUAAAUGGGCAGUUGAGUUAGGACAAUAUGAAAUCCAAUAUCAACCUCGUACCUCGGUCAAAGGACAAGCGUUGGCGGAUUUCAUCCGGGAAACCACUAGGGUACCUAUGGAGAAAGAAUGGAGAGUCUACGUGGAUGGGUCAUCCACAGCAACAGGAGCAGGGGCAGGAAUCAUAAUCAUUGACCCCACGGGGAUCGAGGUGGAAUUUGCUGUUAAAUUACCACGAGUCUCCAAUAACGAAGCGGAAUACGAAGCCUUCAUCCGGGGUAUGGAAAUCGCACAAGAACUCGGUGCACGGGUGGUACGAAUAAACUCCGACUCUCAAUUGGUUAUACACCAGUUUGAAGGGGAUUACGAAGUGAAAAACGAUAGAAUGAAAGGAUAUGUAAACAAAGCCCGAGCAAUACAAGAAACUUUCGAAGCUUGCACCGUACAUCAGAUUCCGAGAAAUGACAACCAGCGAGCUGACUUCCUCGCCAAAAUUGGGUCGUCGGUCGUCGAUUGCGUCGAAAGGAAGAUCUCCAUUCUCAUUGCUCCUACGCCGACACCCGGGAUCAUGAUGAUCGAUGAGGAAUCCGAUUGGCGAACACCUUUGUUCGCAUAUUUCAGAGGGGAACGAACCGGUACAAUUAGGGAGCAACAUCGCUUAGCAUACAAAGCCAGACACUUCUACGUACGACAUGAGAUAUUAUACAAGAGAAACUUCACCACGGUGGAUGCAAGAUGCUUAGGAAAACAAGAGGUGAAACAUGUCCUGGACGAAGUACACCGAGGAGGUUGUGGAGAACAUGGAGGAGCUCGGUCCCUCAUACAGAAAUUACAUCGGGCCGGAUACUAUUGGCCCGGCAUGAAGAGGGACACCCAUCAAUACGUACAACGUUGCAUACAAUGUCAGAAAUUUGCCCCACUUAUCCAUAAACCGGGAGAAGAAAUGACCAUCAUGAGCGCCCCCUGCCCCUUUGCCCAAUGGGGAAUUGAUCUAGUGGGACCUUUUCCUCAAACCACUGGCAGGAAGAAAUUCCUUAUCGUCGCGGUGGAUUAUUUCACCAAGUGGGUUGAAGCUGAGGCCUUGUCAAAAAUAACAGAGGACGAGGUCAUGCAUUUCAUUUGGAAAUAUAUUUGUUGCCGGUUUGGUCUACCCCGAAGCCUCGUCUCGGAUAAUGGCACUCAAUUCAAUGGCAAAAAGAUUUGCGCGUGGUGCGAGGAGAUGAAGAUCACACAGAAGUUUGUGGCAGUAGCACACCCUCAAGCCAAUGGUCAGGUCGAAUCUACAAACCGAACCAUUGUCAAUGGCUUGAAGAAGAGGAUAGACGAACUAGGAGGCAGCUGGGUAGAUGAGUUACCUUCGGUCCUUUGGUCUUACCGAACCUCGGCCAAAGCAGCUACCGGUGAAACACCAUUUCGGUUAACCUACGGAACCGAAGCAGUAAUUCCAGUAGAAGUGGCAAUGGAUACACUCCGCAUAGCCACGUUCGAUGAAGAAGCAAACGACGGUGCAUUGAGAACCCGGCUGGACGAGAUUUUUGACUUGCGAGAAGCAGCCUAUUUACACAUGGAACGAAGCAAGAAUUUGAUCAAGGCCCGAUAUGACCAAGGGGUUCGAUCUCGCUCAUUCCAGAUCGGUGAUCUCGUUCUACGACGAGCUGAUGCCCUAAAACACACAGGAAAACUGGAAGCUAAUUGGGAAGGACCAUACGUGGUCACAAAGUGUUUGGCUGGUGGGGGAUACGAGCUGGCAGAUGUAGAAGGAAAACCAUUGCCACGGGCAUGGAAUGUCAUCCAUUUGAAACGCUUCUUCGCGUAA